AUGGACCGCCUUAUUUAUCUGAGAAAUUUCACCACACAGGAUGGCAACAGAUCCCUCUAUAGAGAUCUGAAGGAGGAUGUAGCUGGUGCACAUGGGCACAGGUCAUCUGAAACAGUCAUGAAAAGGUCAUCAGAGGAAGGGGGCUGCAACAUCUGGCCACCUGUGUCACCGGGCAUGUACAGGAGUUUGUACAAGAGAGACUACCAGUGGUGCGAGGAUUACCAGCCACCCAGCGAGGAGAACAUGCAGAAGCUGCAGAUUGCAGACUCCCAGCUAAAAGCCAAGGAGUUUGCUGUGCCCCAGGAGGAGCGGGCAAUGACCUACAGUGACGUUGUCUGGCAGGGGAGAGAAGUCAUCCCAGCACCGAGCAUCAAAGCCAGCAGUUGCGCUGAUGUCGCAGGAGGGAGAAAACCAGAAGGCAGCACCUCCGGCCCCAAAACCUUGCAGCAGAGAAAGCACUUUACUUCAGCCCUUCCCGUUGCAGAAAGCUACCUGCCAACGUACUACCCUGCCACCGAACUGGCAGCAAUCCCAGCAGAGACAUCGGAGAGGCCGCAGGCUCUUGCUGAGCCAGAGAACGAGCUGUCUUAUUGCCAGCAUCUUCCAGCUGCUGCUCAGACUGCUGGAACAGCAGGUAACCCCCUGCGCCGGCGCCAGCGAACAGCUGACUGGCCACAUCCAGCUACCCGAGGGGCUGUCUGCCUGGGCCUUCGCCAGCUGAGCUCCCCCUACCCAUGGUCCACGCUGGCUGGACACGCGCAGAUGGCAGCAUCCCAACAAAGCGUCAGUGCUGGGCUGCGCCCAGGGAGGAUUGACAGGAUGUUGCUGCACAAGCAGAAGCUGGCCCCAGGCUGGGCCACCUACCAGCAAUUCACCCAGGAGAUGUGCCGGGCAAGGCAGCAUGAUGCUCAGCAAAACAGAAGCACGAUCCUGGGCUCGUCUGCUUUGUUGGAAGAUUUUAACAGUGGGAAGAUGCUGAUGGACAAAAAUGAAUCUUGGCUCUUGAAUUUCUCCAAUGCUGCCUCCUCCUUUGUGAAAGGAGGCGGCAACUGGCCAGGGAUUGGCCUCCAGGAGGUGGCCAUUGGGCUGAUACUAACCCUCAUUGACUUGAUCACGCUCCUGGGAAAUACGGUAGUCUUCAUCUGCCCAGUGGUGGAAAAGAGGCUGCGCACUGUCACCUAUAUGUUUAUCAUGUCCUUAGCCAUGGCAGAUUUCCUUGUAGCUUGUCUGGUCAUGCCCUUUAGUAUCAUUUAUGAGGUGACAGGGAUGUGGUUGUUCGGGAAGCUGUUCUGCAAAGUCUGGAUCUCCUUUGAUGUCAUGUUCUGCACUGCGUCCAUCGUCACAUUGUGCUUCAUUAGCCUGGACAGAUACUGCUCUGUGGUGACCCCGUACCACUAUUCAAGAAGGAUGUCCCGUGGCAGAUGCAUUGUGAUGACCUGCAUGGUCUGGGUAUACUCCUCCCUCAUUUCCUUCCUUCCUGUCAUGCAAGGCUGGAACGAGAUCCCUGGGGUGGACUUUGAUGCAGGCAGAGAAUGCAUCUUUGUCACCAACUGGAUUUUCGCCAUUGUGGCUUCUGCUCUGGCAUUUUUCGUCCCCUUCAUGGUCAUGUGCAGCAUGUAUUUCUUCAUCUACCGAGCUUCACGGCUCAAGGCCACUCGUAUCAUGUCUCAGACUCUGGAGAUUCACUACCACCCCAAGAGCAAGCGGCAGAACCAUCUGCAGCUGGAGAACAAGGCCACGCGGACCAUUAGCAUUAUCAUUUCAGUCUUCGUGCUGUGCUGGCUGCCGUACUUCGUCCUGAAUGUCUGGCUCGCUGCCAGAGGCACCGAAUCCACCAGCACGGUCUUGGUUGACACCUUCAAGAUCAUCACUUGGUUAGGGUAUUGCAACUCUACCAUCAACCCAAUGCUCUAUGCUUUCCUGAACCGGGACUUCCAACGGGCUCUGAAGAAGCUGCUCAUUUGCAGGCACAGGUCUCAGGUGGACAUUGGAGAAGACAUGGUUUCCAUAGCCACGUUCUCCAAGACUGCUCCAGACCUAGAAUAUAGCAUUACAGUGCCAGUGCCCAAUGGUGCCCCAAAGGGCAAACCCAAGUAG